AUGAACGACGUCUCCUGCCUCCUCCACAAUCUCCCCUCCCACAGACACAGAGCUACAGUCCUCCCGCCCACGGCCUCCCCGUCCUACCACCAGCGACCGGCCUUCCACCCCCAAGACUGGCCGUCACACGCACACCAGCCCGUACUCUUCGCAGGCGCAUUGGCCACCUCCGCCUGGACCAACGCAGGGCCUUCCCAAGCCCCCUCCCUCUGGCCCACAGGGCCCCCGGACUUUCUGCUUCCAUUCCACCACUAUCCCCCUAGAGAGUACGGCCAGUCGGCUUAUUCGGCCGCCCGAUCAGACACCUCGUCUGUCGCGUCGCGAGACAGCGACCUUUCGCCGUCCCCCAUCCCAGAGGUCGCCGAAGUCGUGUGCAAUGCGCCGCUCGUCGCGCCCAUCCCCCUCCCGUACCAUUCCCCGACCUUCCUCCUGUACGACCUCCCGGACGAGGACGAAGACCUGUCGCACCCGCCAUACACGCACCGUCCGCACAAGCGCAAGCGUGCUCGGGAGGAGGACGACGCGGACGCGGAGACGGCGGCGAUCCAGGGCAUGCAUGCGCUGUCUGUAGCGGCACCCCCAGCCAAACGCCGUUCGGUCGCGGAGGGCGCGUCGGACCACUGGGGCCCCACUCACGCGCAAUGGGGAAACACGGGUGCUGCAAGCGCUGCGCUUCGCCACAAACACCAUCCUGCCGCCUUCUCGCGGCGUAUCCGGGCGCGGUAGGCGGCUCGAGCUCGGACGUACGCUUACGGUCGGGCUCUGCUUCGGAAUCGUCAGAGAGUCAGAUGAUUCGAUCUGCUCCUACCGAUGUCGUUAUCCGCUUUGGUACCCGUCGGACAUAUUGCCCCGCUUCGAUUUUUGCGCUUCUUCUGCACUCGCGUUCGCCCUCCUGGCGUUCUCCCCUUUCGCACAUUAGUCCGGAUACCGCUGCAUUUUGAAUCGCUCCCGCUCAUCCACAUCAUCCCCUCAUUGUACAGUACGCAUACCUGGCACUUUUCUAGUACGUCCUGCGGCCCAAUCGGGUCCGGACGCGUUUCCC